GGCCCCAUGGAGAACUUCCAGAAGGUGGAGAAGAUCGGGGAGGGCACGUACGGGGUGGUCUACAAGGCCAAGAACAAGCUGACGGGGGAGGUGGUGGCGCUGAAGAAGAUCCGGCUGGACACCGAGACGGAGGGGGUCCCCAGCACGGCCAUCCGAGAGAUCUCCCUGCUCAAGGAGCUCAGUCACCCCAACAUCGUCAAGUUGCUGGACGUCAUCCACACGGAAAACAAGCUCUACCUGGUUUUCGAGUUCUUACACCAGGACCUGAAGAAGUUCAUGGACGCGUCCACGCUGACCGGCAUCCCCCUGCCUCUCAUCAAGAGCUACCUGUUCCAGCUCCUGCAGGGCCUGGCCUUCUGCCAUUCCCACCGCGUCCUGCACCGAGACCUGAAGCCCCAGAACCUGCUCAUCAACGCCGAGGGAGCCAUCAAGUUGGCCGACUUCGGGCUGGCCCGGGCUUUCGGGGUGCCCGUGCGCACCUACACCCACGAGGUGGUGACGCUGUGGUACCGGGCCCCGGAGAUCCUCCUGGGCUGUAAAUACUACUCCACCGCCGUGGACAUCUGGAGCCUGGGCUGUAUCUUCGCGGAGAUGGUGACCCGACGAGCCCUGUUCCCCGGGGACUCGGAGAUCGACCAGCUGUUCCGGAUAUUCCGGACGCUGGGCACCCCGGACGAGGCGGUCUGGCCCGGCGUCACCUCCAUGCCCGACUACAAGCCCAGCUUCCCCAAGUGGGCGCGCCAGGACCUGGGCAAGGUGGUGCCCCCCCUGGACCAGCCCGGCCGGGACCUCCUGGGGCAAAUGCUCCACUACGACCCCAACAAGCGGAUCUCGGCCAAGGCCGCCCUGACGCACUCCUUCUUCCAGGAUGUCUCCAAGCCCGUCCCCCACCUGCGUCUCUGAGCCUCCCCCCCGCCGGGGACGGGCCCCCCGCCUCUCCGUGCCCCCUUCCCUCCCUGUCCCCGCGGCCCCGGCCCCCCGGGCUGCUGGUGCCUUUUCCGGCCGGCCUCUCUGCCCCCCAGCCCCAGUUCGGGGAGGGCCGGGCCGCAGUCGGUUUCCCCUGGCCGGACCGUCCAUCUUGCCUUGCCUUAUCAGCCCCGGCCCCCUUGGUGUCUCAGGGCCGGGUCGUGCCCCCCGACCCCCACCCCUGGCCUGGCCGGCCCCCAUUCACACCGUUGCGGGGCGGGGUCGGGGGUCAGGGAAGUCCAAAUCUCAGUGCACUUAGAGCCCCCCCUCUUCCCACCCCCACCCCCUGACGGGUCAGGCCUUCCAGAGGCUGCCUGACCCCUUUUAAGUUUUCAAGUGUUUUAAAAAGAACAGAGCCCCCUCCCUUCCCCAGCCCCCGUCCCCCCCGGGGGGUGUUGGGCGAGGGGCUGGGGGCCCACUGGACGGCCCCCCGGCCUUGAAUUCAAGGAGCACAACCAGAGGCGGGAAGGAGGGGCCGGAAUCCUUGCCCGGAACCACCCACUCCCAAAUCACCCCAACCUUGGGAGGCAGGGCAGGGAUUCCAUCCCGCCUGAGAACGGGCUCCUUUCUGUACCCCCCGCCGCCGCCCAGCAGCCCCCGGGACCCCAACGGGAGUCCCGGGAGGCCAGGAAACUGACAGGGAUUGGGCAGGAGGACCGCCGACGGUGGCCCUGAAACCGUCCAGAGCGUAGCAGGGGCAGAGCUGAGGCCAAAGGGGUUUUUCUUGGAAGUCUGGGGAGGGAAAAGAGGUUUUUUUCUCUGAGCAGAAGGAUUAGCAAUACUAUUUAUAUUUCAGGUUGGAUGCGCACCUUGGGGUUUUGUAAGGGAAAAUGUUUAAGAAAGAAUAUGUGUGUCUUCCUGUGCCCCCACCCCACCCCUGUUCCGUGCGUGUUGUAAUUCAGUUUGUAAUUUCAUUAAAGAAGAGUUCCUAGUUUUACAGCC